UCUUAUACAUAUGUUAGCUUACAGUGUUGUGUAAAACAAAUUAAAUUGAAUCGUUUUGCAAACAGUUAUGAAAGUGAUAAAGUUAUUUUUCUGUUUAAAUAUUUCAGAAAAAAGCAAACUAGUUUUUUGUAGUUGCUUCCGAUGAAGGCUUCUUUUGAUAUAUUUGAAUAAUUAUUUAAAUCACCUGAUUUACAGAUGGCUACCAGGCGUCCACGAAUUAAGCCCGUUGCUAAUAUUAGCUCUAUCAAAAGGAAAGUGAAAAGAAGUUUGGAUUCAAAUACAUCGGAAAAUCUAAUAAAAGAAUCGGAAGAGAAAUAUGACAUUGAAAUGAGUAUUAAAAAAGAUUGCUUGUUCAUCAAACAUGAGGGUAUAACAAGCGACAAUCAAUUCUCUAUACCUUUAGAGCCGGAUUCUGUUCAAAUUGAAGGUGCUAGUUUACAAAAAAAUCGAAAUAAUACAGGUAAAAUUGCAGAUAAUACAAAUGCUGGUGAAAAUAUUCAAAAACCAAGACAGCGCAUUCGAGCAACGCCGUGCUUUGAUAUUCGUCGUAAUAGUGUUACAAAUUCGACUUCUGCUGUUUUGUUGCCGCAAAGCUCCAAUUCUGUUUCCAAUAAUAAUGUAUUUUUCAAUCAAGAUGCAGAUAAAUCACCAAAAAAAGAUAAUAUGUUAUCAAAGCAAUGCAAUACCUCUGGUAAUCGCACACCUAACAACACAAGAGUUCAUAGGUAUUCGGAAUCAUCUGGUGGGGGAUUUUUAUCCCCAAUAAGUGUACAGUAUAAUCCCCCAAAUUUUCUUCCUAAUCAAAAUCAAUUGAAUCAACACUUACCAAGUGACGGUAAUUCCAAUAUUAUACCUUCUAGAGAGCAUAUACAACAACCACCUCAACGAUAUAGAAAAAUUUCGUCAAUGGAAGAAACACAAAAAUUGUCAAGUGCUCGCAGAGAAUUUCAAACUAAAUAUAGCCGAAAAUCUCCUGAAAAAUCUGAAUUAACGCUUUGUGAUUUCAUUUUUUAUAACCCCUCUUCUAACCCAAUGGUUUUUGAAACUAAACAUGAAAAUUUAAAUGAAAAUGUAAUAGAAUCCGAAAAUGUAAUCCAAAAAGUAGAAAAUAAAGAAGUGGAAAAUGAAGAUAAAGAGGAGGGCGAACGUGCACCGGUUCCGCAGUUAAAAUUGGGUCCAAACGGAGAAAUUAUUCUAGACGAAAAGAGUCUUGUCAUUGAAACAACUGCUGAAAAACAGGCUAAAUCAGCUUUAGCAGCUUCGAAAUCUGCAAUAUAUUUGGAUGAGUAUAGUGGUAAUAAUGGAUUUUAUUCAAGGCAAAAAAGAACAAAAGAUUGGACACCAGAGGAAACUAUAAAAUUUUAUAGAUGCCUUCAUACAAUUGGAACCGAUUUUUCAAUGAUGUUAUCGUUAUUUCCAAACAGAUCACGAAGAGAUUUGAAAUUAAAAUUUAAGAAAGAGGAACGGAAUAAUGUAGUUUUGAUAAACAAAGCCUUAUUACAUCCAAAUACUUUCGAUAUUGAUAGUUUGAAAAACGAAUUACAAAAAGAAGAAGAUAUUGCCAAAGAAAAACGAAAAGCUGAAACUAAUCGAGUUUUAAAAUUACAAAAGAAACUCGAAAGUAAAUGCUUAAAUAGUGAAGCAGAUGAUAAAGCUAGUAAGGGAAGUUCACUCUAUAGUCGUACAAAAAAUGCUUUAAGUCGUGGUAAUUUGGUUUAUGAAUUAGAGGGAACAAACAUGAUAUCAAACGUUACAAGAAAAAAAAGCGGUUGCAAUAUUAAAAAGGACGCGGAAAAUAUAAAUUAUGAACAAAUAGAGUCUACAAUAAAAGAUGAAAAUUAUGUAUUACCAGAAAAAAUUGAUCAAUUUGUUGAAUCAAAUGAUACAAUUUCAAAUGACAAUUAUCAAACGAUAUCAUUUCAACAACAGACAAUAUCAAACGAUAAUAUUUCAACAACGGAAACUGAUUUGGAUGAUAUUGCUUCAGUUUAUUCAACAAAUGAGUUUGGCUAUGACGAAUUAACUGGCAUUGAAAUAACAGAUAUUGGCGAUAUUUUAACACUAGAAGAUACUUUGCCAGAAUUUAAAAAUAGUACACUUGCUAUAGUUUCGAAGCAUGACAAAACUAGUCCAGAAAAAAUUACGCAUGGAAUAUAUAUUAUAUGCCGUUCUACCGGGAUUAUGAGUCAAAAACCUUUGGACUUACCAGAAGAAACUGUAAAUUGUAUUUUAAAAGCAAUGGGCAAAAUUUAGAUGGAAAUGUUUUUUUAAAGUGAAAAUUAUCGUUAUCUAUAUUAAUACUUAUAAAAAUAUCCACAUUUGAGAAAUGGAAAUUUAUUUAAAAAAUUAAACAGAUGGUGUAGAGACAAAAUUUUGAAAACAUACUUAAAAAUAUUUGAUUUAGAUUUUCUGCUUUACAAAUGCAUUCAACCAUUCCAGUCAGAAAAUCAGAACUAAGUUAUCGAACUAAUAAUUGAAUGCAGCUCGUUUUUUUUGUGGGAAAUUCGAAAACAUUGCCGAUUACGUUUUUUUUAUCAAAAGUUUGAUAUAAAAAAUUUAAAUUUUUGGAAAACGAAAAACGAAUCAAUGUCUUGUUAAGGGAUUAAAUUGCAGCUUUAUAUACUCUUUGGAUAGUUAUGUACUUGUAUGUAAGUACUUGGAUUGAUUAUUAUAUGUACGUAUUUGUUUCUGUAUAUAACAGUUAUAUUAUUCUUAGUAUUAAGAAAAUUUUUGAAAUUUGUCAAUUUUUUUUUUUUAAUU